AUGUCAGCACUUCCCCCAAUCAGACAAUUUUGGAAGCAGAUCGCAUUCGUUUCAAGUGUAGCCAUUUUUGCAGCCUAUUACGCUAAAAAUAAGGUCACAAUCAGAAGAAAGCAACAGUUUAUAAAGGAUUCGUCAUCGUAUGAUUCCCUGAUGAGAAAGCGGGUGAGAUCCGGAAAUUCUAUUGCCACCAUUAAACCUGGAUUCCCGAAAGAGAUGGACGAUGAAGAAUACAAGAGGAAAAGUGAGUUUGAAGGCUCUGGAAAUAGUUACAUGAGUCGGAAGCAUGGGGAUAAGUUUAACAUGUUUGAUAAUUGGAUUCAUAAAGGAAACUAA